CCGGGCACCCCCCAGCUCCAUUUUAACGCCAUGGACCGCGCCGCCGCUUGCCCUCCACCUCCAAGUCCUCCUCCUCCUCCUCCUCCUCCGCCGCCGUCGUGCCCAUCAUCCGAGCCCGCCGCCCGCCCUUGUCCAUCCGACCCCGUCGUCGUCCCUUUUCCCCCAUCCGCCGCCCGCUUGCUCGCCCAGUCUCCUUCUCCCCGUCCUCCAACCUCCAUUGCACUUCUCGUGCAAACCCGUCCCCCUCCUUGACCGUGCUUCUUCGUUCUUCAUUUGCUUGUGCCUUUCGUUUCUUUUCACCUUCUUGACCGUCUGCACGCACCCGGGACGCCGUGCUUUUUCCUCUCAAGCCGCCAUCGCGCACCGACCAUCGCCCUACUGCGCUAUCGAAUGGCUCAUUAAACGCACUCGUUUGCGCCCCUUUUCUCGACGCUGUGCUGAGAGAUAUUCGAGCGAGAGGCAGCCUUUCUGCCGUCAAGUCAGUCUCUACAUCGGCCCCACGGCCUAAAGGACCCGUCUGUCUGUCUGUCUCGACGACCGUCGUCGCGAUGCCUCCCUCUCUUACAAACCACGCCUCCUUCACCCGCCCCAGGACUGGAGACCGCGAUGCUCGACCCAGCACCCGCGACCAGAGCGGCGCCAACGACACCAUGCUCAUCCCUAGCCGUACCUCGUCGCUGCAUUCGCGCAUCACCCAGCCUAUCCCCUCGACGCUCAACGUGAAGCCCCAGCAGCGCACGCCCAAAACUCUCACCCAUGCCUACAUGGUCUGCGGCGUUGGCCGCGAGCCCAGUCAAUGGGUCAAGGCCCCUCCUCCGGCCCAGGGCAAGAUUAGCCACAUGAAGGGCGCCGUCGGUCAAUUCUGGCUUCCAGAGAUCUUGGGGAGCUCUCCUCGCCUCGAGCAAGACAAUGAGAUUGCUCGCGCGCUCCAUGCUGCCAUGAGGGCAUGCUUCCCUCACGAUGUCGAAAUCUGCACAGGCCGCAGCCAGCCCCACUGUGUUCACCACGCAUUUGUGCUGCAGCAGGAUUCGUCUCACACGCUCUAUGGCAUCUGCCUGCGCGUCUGGUCCCGCGCCGACGAGAAGAGAGCGGAGACGAUACGUGACCUGCGCAAACGCACCGAGCCCGACUUCUAUGACAACCCCGACGAGACCUACUGGAUCCCGUACUGCUUGUCCUUCCUGUCCCGCUAUCCUCUCUACAACCUCCUCGGCGACUACCUCCGUGGCAUGUGGAUUCACUGGAACAAGGCCACCAACCUGUUCCAUGCUGAAGAGGUGUCCCGCAUCCUGAGCUUCCCUGCCCCUCGGCUCAACGACCUUGUCCGCAUCGACAUGAAAGACUAUGCUCUCUGCUACCAGUUCCCGUCGUCUCCCACCGGCUUCCAGAACUUCGCCAUGUGGCCUCUCUUCACCUGCUUGUCCAUUCCCAACAUUGUUGGUGUGGUCGAGGCAGCCAUCUCGCCCACCCGUCGUGUCAUCUUCGUGAGCCACUACCCGGCAAUGCUCACCAUCGCUGCCGAAACUGUUCGCUACUGCGUUAGGGUCUACGAAUGGAGCGGCCUGUACGUGCCCGUUGUCCAUGCACGCCAUGCCCAGGAGCUUGUCCAGGAGCCCGGCCCGUACAUUCUCGGUGUCACCGCCGAGUGCCGCUCGCUCUUCACCGCACCCAACGACGCUCUGGUCAUUGACCUGGACCGCAACUUUGUUUUGACGUCGAGCCCUCCGACGGCGUUGACGCCCAGCCAACGCAACAAGUUUGUCACCCGCCUCACGCAGGCUCUCAACGGCGACGUCACACCCUCUGGUGUCCCGCAGCACCUGCGUUCUGCCUACGGUGGUGGCAAGCUGGUCCCAGCCGGCCAGAUCAUUGUCAUGCGCGGCGAGGUGGAGUCGAUCCAGGACCCGGAAUGGUGGAACCAGGACGCCGUCAUGGCCGUCAUGGACCACGUCUGCGAAAAGAUGGGCCGCAACACUGGCAUCAAGGCUGUCUUUGGCGGCUCAGUCAAGAAGCCCCUGAUGACCAAGGUCUCCAUGCGUCACCUCAACGAGAUCGUGCGUGAGCGAAACCAGUACUCGCGUGACGCUCUUGAGGCCUGGCAAGACUUCAUCAAUCUCAAGGGCCGCAUGGACACCGAGCUCAGCAAGGUCAACAAGCGGAAUAACUACCUGGUCGAGGAGCUCGAGAGCUGGAAACAACAGUUCCUCAAAUUCCAGGCCUUUGCCGAGCAGCUCACCAAAGAGACCCAGGACCUCAAGAUCAAGAUUGAGAACCACAAGAGGGAGAAUCGUCGUCUCACGGGUCUCAUUGACCAGCAAAAGGACGACAACGCUCGCCUCUCUGUCCGCCUCACAGGCACCGAGAAGCAGCGUGACGAUGCCCUCGAGGCCCUUGUUCUCCAGCAGGAGAUUGCCGAGGAGCUCGAGCGUGAGCGCAAGAGGAACAAGAAGGAGCUUGCGCAGCUUCACAACACCAACAGCACCAUCACGCGCCAGCGCGAUGAGGCCAGGCGCGUCGUGCUGCAUCUCCGCAGCCUCAUUGGCGGCCAGAGCCACCACAUGGAGCACCUGAUCCAGUCCCUGACCAAGCCAGAUGAGCUGGCCGACGAGGCGGAUCAGGAAUAUGGCAACGAGGAGGAAACCGAGGAGGCCGACAGCGAGGAGACGCGGACGCUCAAGCCUGCUCGUAGCAGCAAGCGCCUGUCGUCGUCGAGCUUCAUCGACGUCGCAGACCGACACCUCAAGGACAAGACGGAUGCCAUUGCCCACAUCGUUCGCAACAUCGCGGACCAGUGCCAGGCCGCUGUCGAGGGCCUGCAGCUGGCUCAGGAUGCCGAGAUGCGGUCGCUGCGGCGCCAGAGCGGCCUCUCGGCCGUUCACAGCGAGGACGGCUUGGACGAGCGUUCCACCGCCACCUCUGAGACUGGCGACGAGGGCCGCCUCCAAGCCAGCUCGGGACGGGCAUCCAGCAUCCCCCCCACACCGGAUCUGAUCCCCAACCGAAGCAGCACGGCAAUGUCGUUUGCCUCGGCCACGACGACCCCGGAGCGGUCGAGCCAGCAGUACUCGACGCGGGAGGAUAUUCCGACCAAGAUUGUCGAGGAUGAGGAGGAGGAUUACGAGGAGAGCCGAAGCGACAAUGGCGGCGCGUCGAACGAGAACGGCCUCGUUUCCAAGCACGCCGAGUCGCUCCUUCACCGCCCAUCCGGAGCGCGGAUCAGCGCCCUCGGAGGCUCGCGAUAGGGCGCAGAGAUGAUGAUGUGUUGUUGCCAAAGAUACCAGCCCCUUCGCAAGCGUACGGGCACCUAUUCCAGCAAUAGGGCGAAUCGAUUCUCUUUCUUACGAACACUCCAAUCACGCACAUGCUCUAUACCUGCACGCUGAGCUGUCUUUUUUUAUUCCCCUGCUUUGUGCCGCUCAUGCGAAGCUUUUGUAAUGGGCUUUGAACUUGGAUGCUUUCCAUUGACGAAGCGAAAGACUCUUGUUUUGCGCUUGGGCGUUCUUUUGUUACCUAUUUCCGAGUACAGUAUAGUACAUUUACAGAAGAGUGAGAUGCUCUAUAUGUAUGCAUCUUGACAUGGGCCAUGGGGUUCCCGUUGAGAAUUUCGAUUUGGACUGUGUUCAAAUACAAACCGCCCAGGGAGGGGAAGGACUGCUUUGUUGGAGAAAUAAAAGCGAUGAAAGCUUUUCAAUUCACACGAAUUUCAAUCCUUUUUUGCG